GUCUUGUUGUGCACUAAAAGGAACUUGCAAAUAGUGUAUGUGUGCUUAGUACCUAUAAAACUUGCUUACAGUCGGGCGGCUGGUACUACAGGCGCCGCCAGUUGUUACAGAUGUCGCUGGCUCCUCUCAACCCCACCUUACUGUGCCUGGCGCUGGUCCUGCUACUGUGCCCUGUGGGCGCGCCGGUCGAGGGCGCGCGCAUCUUAGUGGCUCUGCCACUACGCGCAGUCAGCCACUUCCGGCUGCUGCAGCCGCUGUUGCGCACGCUGGCCGCCAGGGGUCACCAGCUCACCGUCAUCUCACAUUUCCCUCAGCAGCCGCCGCCACCUAAUUACACCGACAUCAGCCUCAAUCGCGGCGACUACCAAGGCCACGUUCCACCGCCUUUCCUGCCGGUGGAGGAGGCCACCCUGGUGUCCGGGGUGCGGGACUGGACGAAACUGUGGUCGGUGACGGCCGACCACUGCCGCGCCGCGUACGGCGCGCCCGCGGUGCGCCGGCUGCUCGCCUCGGCCGCCCAGUUCGACCUGCUGCUGGUGGAGGUCUUCUCCGGGGACUGCAUGGCCGGCCUCGCCCGCCGCUUCCGCGCCCCGCUGGUCGCCAUCGCUUCCUGCGUCGCCCCGCCAUGGGCCCGCGACAGGAUGGGCACCCCUGACCAUCCAGCCUACAUGGAGAACUUCUUCCUGCCGCUGGUGGCACCGCUGGGCUUCUGGGAGAGGACGGCCAACACGGCGUUCCACCUGCUGGCGAGACUGGGCAACUGGUGGCUGUCGGAGCGGGAGAUCGACGCCGUGGAGCGGGCUGCCCUGGGCAGCGGGGCGCCGGCCACCAGCCAGCUGGUCCACAGCACCGACCUGCUGCUGCUCAACAGCCACUCCAGCGUCAACCAGCCCGUGCCGCUCACGCCCGGCGUCGUCGAGGUCGGGGGUCUCCACAUACAACAGCCUAAGCCCCUGAGAAAGGAGCUGCAGCAGUUGUUCGACUCGAGCGAGCGCGGCGUGGUGUACUUCAGCAUGGGCACGCUGCUGCGCGUGGACAGCCUGCCCCGGGAGCAGCUGCGCGGAAUACUGCGGGCGUUCGCGGCGCUGCCGCAGCAGGUGCUCUGGAAGGCCGACCGCACGCUGCUGCCGCCGCUGCCGCACAACGUGCACACCUCCAACUGGCUGCCGCAGAACGACGUCCUCAACCACCCCAAGACGGUGGCGUUCAUCACGCACGGCGGGCAGCUGGGCCUGCAGGAGGCGGUGUGGGCGGGGGUGCCGCUGCUGGUGGUGCCCGUCAGGUCCGACCAGCGCUACAACGCCGCCGCCAUGAGCCGCCGCGGCGUCGCUCUCACCCUCACCGUGGGCCAGCUGACGGAGCACAGCCUGCGAGACGCUCUGGACAGGCUCGUCAACGACACCAGCUACCGAGAGCGCAUGAGGGAGCUGUCUGCGCUCUUCCGGGACCGGCCCCGGCCGCCGCUGGAGGAGGCGGUCUACUGGCUGGAGUACGUGCUGAGGCACCGGGGGGCGCCGCACCUGCGCCCCGCCUCCCUGGACCUGCCCUGGCACCAGCUCCUGCUGCUCGACGUCGCCGCACUCGCCCUGGCCGCCCUGCUGCUCGCGCUGGCGGCCGCCUACGCCUGCCUGCGCUGCCUGCGCUGCCUACUGGCGGCUCUCUGGAGGGGCGACGCAGCGCGGCGGAAGGAGGUCAAGAGUGACUGAGCGACACGCGACAGAGCUGGUCCUAAAACAUCCAGGGGCGAUGCCUUGCAUUCUAUGUGCAGUGUUACUUGCUGGUUGGACGUGUUGUGGUACAGAGAAUUAUCACCUGAGAUGUUUUCAACACCAGUUCCGAAGAACAGUUAUACUUUCGGAAAGUAUUUGGCAGGGUAACACUUUGUAAUACUGACUGACUAAGUUCCACUGACAAAUAAGUAAACUUGAAAUCUAGCCCGUCAUAUGUAUUAUGUAAGAUUUUUUCCAUGCAGCAUCAUGGUUCAUACAUUUUGUUUUUAAUUUUUUUCUCAGUAAGUACAAUCAUUACCACACCAAAUGAAAAAUAUAUUUUACAGAAUCCUUAAUCUAAAUCAGAGCGAUACGUGUCUUCGUGUGAAAACGUUGUGUAAACGUGAUAUGUCCAAGUAAAGGGUGAAAAACACUUCCUGCCUUUUACUUGAUUUCAGUUUUCUGCGAAUUAAAAAUAAAUGCUGAUCCAUAGACUACAGAAGGUAUUCUAUUCAAGAAAUCUGUGUAAUAAAUUGAGAAACAGCAAAGUCUGAAAUUUUAUGUGUUGAAACACACAAUGAAACUUAUAUCAAAAAUGUAAAAUAUGGCCGGCCACGGUGGCCGUGCAGUUGUAGGAGAUUCAGUCCGGAACCGCGAGACUCCUACAGUCGCAGGUUCGAAUCCUGCCUCGGGCAUGGAUGUGUGUGAUGUCCUUAACUUAGUUA